AUGGGGCCCGGGGCCACAGCACUGGGGGCCCUGCUGCUGCUGCUGGGCCAGGCCCCCCGGGGCCGCCCCCACCCCCAGUGCCUGGACUACAAGCCGCCCUUCCAGCCCCCCCAGCCCCUGGCCUUCUGCCCCGAGUACUCGGCCUUCGGCUGCUGCGACGGCCGGCGGGACGCCCAGCUGAGCGCCAGGUUCCAGGUGCUGGGCAGCUUCCUGGACCCCGCCGGCCUGCAGAGCUGCGGGCGCUUCCUGCGUGACCUGGUGUGCCAGGAGUGCUCGCCCUAUGCUGCCCACUUGUACGAUGCGGAGGACGUGAGGUCCCCGGUGCGGGCCCUGCCCGGCUUGUGCCCCGCGUACUGCGCGGCCUUCUGGCUGCGGUGCCGCUCCGUGCUGAGCCUCCUGACCGAGGACCCUGCCAGCCUGGCGCUGGAGGGCGACCGCGCCCGCUUCUGUGGCGCCCUGGAGCUGGGCGACCCCACCUACUGCUACCCGGCGGUGCUGGGCAGCGCGGCGCUGAGCCAGGGGCUGGGCCGGGUGCGGGAGGGGGCCCACGGCUGCCUGCAGCUCUGCCUGCGGGAGGUGGCCAACGGGCUGCGUAACCCCGUGGCCAUGGUGCACGCCGGGGACGGCUCCCACCGCUUCUUCGUGGCCGAGCAGCGGGGCUGCGUCUGGGUCUUCCUGGCCAACGGCUCGCGGGCCGCGCGCCCCUUCCUGGACCUGCGGGCGGCCGUGCUCACCUCGCCCUGGGCGGGCGACGAGCGGGGCUUCCUGGGCCUGGCCUUCCACCCCCGUUUCCACGCCACCGGCACCUUCUACGUCUACUACUCCGCCCGCGCCGGGCCCCACGAGACCAUCCGCGUCUCCCAGUUCCGCGUCUCGGCCCACGACCCCAACGCCGCCGACCCCCGUUCCGAGAGGAUCCUGCUGGAGGUGCUGGAGCCGGCGUCGAACCACAACGGGGGGCAGCUGCUGUUCGGGGCCGACGAGCUGCUCUACAUCUUCACGGGGGACGGGGGGCGAGCGGGGGACCCCUUCGGGGCCUUCGGCAACGCCCAGAACAAGUCGUCCCUGCUGGGCAAGGUGCUGCGGAUCGACGUGGAGCCGGGGCCCGAUGCCCCCCCUUACCGCAUCCCGCCCGACAACCCCUUUGUGGGGGAGCCGGGGGCCCGGCCCGAGGUCUACGCCUACGGGGUGCGGAACAUGUGGCGCUGCUCCAUGGACAGGGGUGACCCCACCAGCGGCGCCGGGCGCGGACGCAUCUUCUGCGGGGACGUGGGGCAGAACAAGUACGAGGAGGUGGACGUCAUCGCGCCGGGGGCCAACUACGGCUGGCGGGCGAAGGAAGGAUUCGCCUGCUACGACCAGGCACUGUGCGCCAACGCCUCGCUCGACGACGUCCCCCCCAUAUUCGCCUAUUCGCACGAGCUGGGGCGCUCGGUGACGGGGGGCUACGUGUACCGGGGCUGCCACAGCCCCAACCUGCGCGGCCUCUACAUCUUCGGGGACUUCAUGAGCGGGCGCCUGAUGUCGCUGCGGGAGGAUGCUGGCUCCGGGCGCUGGCACUACAAGGAGCUGUGCAUGGGCCAGGGCCAGACCUGCGCCUUCCCCGGCCUCCUCAACCACCACGUGCCCCACAUCAUCUCCUUCGCCGAGGACGAGGCCGGUGAGCUCUAUUUCCUCGCCACGGCCAUCCCCAGUGCAGCCGUGCCAGCCGGGAUCUUGUACCGGAUCGUGGACCCCUCCAGGCGGGCGUCCCCUGGACAGUGCGAGAUCAGCCCCCUGCCCGUCCCCAUCCAAGGGAAGCUGAUUCCCUUCCGCCCAACACAGAAAUUCAUCACACCGGCCCCACCGCCCGCAGUGACCACCCCACGGCCUGGCACCGGCUCAGACCCGACGGGACCAGCUGCACCCCCCGUGGCGCCUGCCACCCACCCCCCGUGCCCAGGGCCCCCUCUGCCCCACAGAACAUUGCCAUCCCCUGCCACCCCCCAUCCCCCCAGGCGGGAGGCUGGGCACCACCCCAGGAAGAUGGGGCCCCGGAGGCGGCUGCCCCCUGGCACGGUGCGGCUGGCGCACAGGGGUGCGGUGCCCGGGCGGGGCCGGCUGGAGAUCCUGGUGGGGGGCCAGUGGGGCACAGUCUGCGACGAUCUGUUCGACAGGCGGGCGGCCGCUGUGGUGUGCCGGCAGCUGGGCUACGGGCAGGUGCUGCGGGUGGCCCGCCGGGCGGAGUUCGGGCCAGGGGCCGCGCUGCCCAUCCUGCUGGACGAUGUGCAGUGCCGGGGCUCGGAACGCAGCCUGCUGGAGUGCCAGAGCGCCCCCCCCGGGCAGCACGACUGCGCCCACAGCGAGGACGUGGGGGUGGUGUGCGGGCACCGGGAGCGCCAGGGGCUGCCGAGGGGGCCACGGCCUGUAACUUCUGCCUCCUUGGGCUCCGGCAGGGGGGCAUUGAGGGCAGGGUUUGGGGCUGGGCGGGGGUGACAGGGCCCAGGCCCCCCACAGCUACAGGGACCUGGGAGC